AGUAGCCGUUGCGUAGAGAAGAGCAUCCCCGAAGCAGAGCACGCUCCGUCUGAACAGAGCAAAAACAGGGUCAGUGGUGAGUAGAAACUGUGCAAAGAAACCCCGACAAAAUCAUCACAACCAGAGUGGCAAAUUCAGAAAUCACGAGGAAGACAUCACAUACCCAGAAGAAGAAGACGAAGGAGGAGGAGGAGGAGGAGGAGGAAGGCAUGGCCGAUUUCUCCUGCCUUUCCGACACCGACGACUCCGCCGUGGAAGACCUCAUUUCUCAGACCAAGGACCUGUGCGUGCUCGAGCAGAUCGCCGCCAUCAACUGCUCCUCCUUCUCUGCCAACGACUCCCUCUUGCCCUCCGACCUCGAGUCCCGCUUCCGCAAGCUCAAAUCCUUCCCUCUCUCCAAACCCCAAACCACGCUCCAGAGCUCGAGCAAUCGCAAGACGGAGCUGACGCUCGAUGGACAGACUCGGCCGAAACCGGACGCGAAGCCGGAGGAUCUGCUGGGAAAUGGGCGCGAUUCUUUGGGUUCCGAUUCGGGGAAUUCGACCGCGGAGGACGCAAUUUUCUCGCCGCUGAAGGGGAACCCUGAAGAGAAAUCGCCUCGGGAGUCCACAACGAAGCACGAUCCAGUCUACUCACCGACAUAUCAUUACGAUCGGUGGAAGAAGUCGAAGUCGAAGUCGAAGUCACCAUCGCCAUCGCCCCCGAGAAAGGUCGGCUGCUUCUGGUGCUCGCCAAAGAAGCCCACGCCCAGGAAGAGGGACGAAUCUAGGGCUAUCGAGAAGGGGAUGAGCAGGAGCUUUAAAUGGAUGGAGGAGGACGAGGUAUUGUCGGAUUUGGGGGUUUUCUCCACGAAAGAGCAGAAGAAAUUGUUGAAGAAGGCAAUGAAGGAGGAGGAGAGGAUAAGCCGCGAGGCAGAGAAAAUCGCAAGGAUGGCGAGGCAAGCCUCGGCGAGGAUGAUGAACGCUUCAAGAACCGGCGGCAAUUCGAGCGACGACGAUUGAAUGGAAAUCUUGUGUGGUUAUGGGCGAUUAUGGGUUAGGGCAAAAUCUUGAUGUAGUA